AUGCGCAACUUGAUUACGCUAAAUCGGGGUAGGUUCGAGCCUACUUCGCUCGCAUUGCCAGACCUCAAAUUGCAAGCCAGUGUCUUUGACACCUCUUCCGACAGCAUUACAUGUGCCUUGGCAGACCUGGAUAUUGGUGCUGUCGAAGUGCACCAGUACAUGAAAACGGGGAACUGUAAUGUGCUGGCGUCGUUCAACAUUCAAACAUUUGGAGACAAACUUCUGUCGUUCAUGCAUUUCGGAGAUAUUUGUCAACUUGUUUUCGUGCUGGCUCAGGGUGACAUUGUAACAGCCACGUAUGAUCCCGAGAGCUACGACCUGGCUUUGUCUGUGGUCGAGAUUGUCGGGUCGAUCGAGGGAGGUGUGGCAGCAGCCGAGUGGUCGCUCGACGAGGAGACCCUGGCUUUGGCUACCUGCGAGCACAAUGUCGUUGUGCUGAGCAGGCAGUUCGAGCCCAUAGCCGAGCACAAGCUGACGGUAGGUGAUCUCAAGAUGUCGAAACACGUUGACGUGGGAUGGGGAAAGAAAGAAACACAAUUUAGAGGUAAGGGAGCUCGUGCGAUGGAAAGAGUGGCUCUUGAAAGCCUCAAGGCUUCGGGACUCAGAGGAACGGAGCUUCGAGAUCCAACAAUGCCCUACAUGGUAGAUACCGGUGUCGUGGGCGCCAUGGACUCGGGAGAAACUACGAUAUCAUGGAGAGGCGAUUGCGAGUACUUUGUGGUGUCCACAGUCGAGGUUAUCCAAAAAGAAAACGAGGAAGAGCUUUCUAGGAGAGCCUUCAGAGUGUUUUCCCGCGAUGGACAACUAGAUAGCGCCUCGGAGCCCGUUGACGGACAGGAAAACCCCUUAACCUGGAAGCCACAGGGUUCUUUGAUCGCUUCCAUCCAGAGAAAAGAUCAGAUCCCAGGAGAAGAAUCUAUCAACGUCUUAUUUUUCGAGAGAAACGGUCUAAGACACGGCGAAUUCGAUACUCGACUAGCGAUGGAUGAAAAAGUCCUUGAUUUGAGCUGGAACUCAAGCUCAGAAGCACUUGCCAUCACCCUGACGGAUAAAAUAAUGCUGUGGACUACUAAGAAUUACCAUUGGUAUUUGAAGCAAGAAAUAUACGCUCAAAACAUUCAGUACGUGAAAUGGCAUCCGGAAAAGGAUUUCACCCUUCUGUUCGGCGACGAAACCGGUGUCAACAUUGUUGACUUUGCCUACAAAUUGGCAUUAGGCCCUACCUUGGAGCCCUUUGACUAUGGCACUGUUCUCGUAAUCGAUGGUUCUACGAUAAAUAUCACUCCACUGGCCCUAGCCACCGUCCCCCCUCCCAUGUAUUACCGAGACUUCGACGCACCUUCCAAUGUAUUAGACGCGGCGACAAGCGUUUCCAAUGAGAUUUACGCUGCUAUCACUAAAGAUGAACUUUGUUUGGCUUCUGUGCCCAGUUUAGAAGAUAUGAGAAAAGGUUUGCAUCCUCUCAUCUCCUCAAAUAUUCCGAAAUCAAUGUUUGCCACCGCUUAUGAUACACUCAGACAGGUUGCCUUCAUAGAUGAUACCGUCGUAGGGGUCUUGUUGGACUCUCAGAACUUAUCCCGAAUUGCACUGAUUGACGUGUCGGACCUUCAACAACCUUCGGUCAUUUCUGUUGUUGACGCUCUGAAUAAAGUUGUACUCAUUCGUGCUGGUUUUGAAAACAACUACCUGGCUUUCGAAACUAAAGACUACAAAGUUUUCCAUCUCGACUUAUAUGGACAUAUCACCGAGAUCGCCGCCUUCCCGCAGCUCGUGCGUGAUCUGCGCGUUAAGAGAGUAGAAACCUCUGUGGAUGCAGGUGGCAAUAGUUAUGCUGAAGAUUCGAAGCUAGUAGCUUUCGGUCUUGCUGCUAACGGUAAACUUUACGCAAAUGACAUCCUUCUCACUAGUACCGCCACAUCGAUGGAAAUCACUGACAAUUUACUGAUGUUCACUUCUGCUCAGCACAACUUACAAUUUGCUCACUUGAACUCGACCGAAUUCAAGCCAUUGCCUCUUGUUGACCAAAGUGUGGAUGACGAGAGAGUGAGAGCUAUCGAACGAGGCUCUUUGUUGGUAACUGCCAUACCGUCAAAGUCGUCGGUAACUUUGCAGGCGGCCCGUGGUAACUUGGAGGUUAUUUUCCCACGAAUUAUGGUUCUUGCUGGUGUAAGAAAGAGCAUUUUGGCUAAAAGAUAUUACGAGGCUUUCAAUACAUGCAGAACACAUAGAAUUCACCUAGACAUUCUACAUGACUAUGCGCCUGAAAUAUUUGCCGAUAAUCUCGAGAUUUUCAUAGAAGAAAUCGAAAGGGGGGAUUAUCUUGACCUUUUCAUCUCCUGUUUGACCGAAGAAGACGUCACCGAACAGAAAUAUAAAGAGACGAUUGGCAUUGCCAUGGAUCAAAAAUUCGAAGUGACUCCACCGCCACUAACCGAAAUGGAGCAGUACAUGAAGAAAAAAAUGUUUGACCCUAGUAGCUCGAAGGUGAACAAAAUCUGCAAUGCAAUUCUUGGAGUACUUUUGAACAAUCCAGAACACAAGGCGAAGUAUCUGCAAUCAAUCAUCACUGCAUAUGCUUGCCAAAACCCUCCUAACCUGGAAGAAGCCUUAUUGCUAAUUGCAUCGCUUGAUGAACAAAGCGAGAAUUGUCUGACUUACUUGUGCUUUUUGCACGACGUGAAUGUUCUUUAUAAGGUCGCCUUGUCCUUAUACGACAUCAAGCUCACAUUGGCGAUCGCUCAAAAAUCGCAAAUGGACCCUAAAGAGUAUCUACCAUUCCUGCAAAAUCUUCACGAACAGGAGCCUCUAGUUUGCAAAUUUAUGAUUGAUGAUUAUCUCAAACGCCACGAAAAAGCCUUGGAUCACCUCUCGGCUAUUGAGACGAGCUCACAAGGCCUUUCGGACAAGAUCGUGGACUACAUUCAGACUCACCACUUGUACAAAUAUGCUCUGAAUCUUUACCGGUAUGACGUUGAGAAACAAAAUGCUGUUUACCAUGCCUUUGCGCCUUAUUUGUCGUCCAGACAGGAGUAUGGAGAAGCUGCAAUUAUCUACGAAAUGCUGGGCGAAUUCAAGGAGGCCAUGGACGCCUACACUUUGGGCAAAAAGUCCAGUGAAGCACUUGCAAUUGCCACUUCCAAGUUUAAUGAUGAAGUUGAUACGGUAGCAGACACUCUGGUCUCCUCUUUGUCCUUCGAGCACAAAUAUGCUGAAGCCGCUGAAAUUGAGCUGAACUACUUGAAGGACACUAAGGAAGCAAUGAGAUUAUACUGUAAAGCCUAUCAUUACGAAAGGGCGGCUUUGAUCGGAGCCACUCACGGUAGUGUUGAGUUGGUCGAUGAAGUUCUAGAACCGGCUCUCGGCGAGGGUUUUGGUACGAUUGCAGAGCUGCUAGCCGACUGCAAAGGGCAAGUUACUUCGCAACUGCGAAGACUACGUGAGCUAAGGCAAAAGAAGGAUGAGGAUCCAUAUGUGUUCUAUGGACAAGAGACAGAACAGGCAGAUGAUAUUUCAAUUGCUGCAUCGGAAACGUCAACAAAGGAAUCUUUCUUCACCCGGUACACUGGAAAGACGGGCGGGACUGCCAAGACGGGGGCUUCGAGACGCACGGCUAAAAACAAACGUCGUGAAGAACGCAAGCGCGCUCGCGGUAAGAAGGGAACAAUUUAUGAAGAGGAAUAUCUCAUUCAAUCCAUUGGCAGGCUGAUAGAGAGGUUGUCGCAUACCGAGCCAGAUGCCAUCCUGCUGAUAGAGGCCUUGCUAAGACGUGGUAGAAGAGAAGAGGCACAGCUGAUCCAAAAGAAUUUUGUGGAGACCAUGACUCUGCUGAAGGACAACGUUGUUGAAAUAUAUAGCAUCAACGAGAAGGACAGGGAGAGAGUGGAUGAAGAAGGAAACAUUUACCACAUUCCCGAAAUUCCGGUGCCAGAUAUCAAGCCAUUCCCUACGCGGCAGAUUAUUGACUUUUAA